GUUAGUGUCUGCUUCUUGCCGAUUUUUUAUUGCUCAAUUACGAAGCGAUUGCCGGUUGGCACACACAAUACGUAAAGCACGUUAGGCAUUUAAGAUUUCUAUGCUGAAAUGCAAAGUUUAAGUGAAAAAGUGAAGAUUGUGAAAAAUUCUAGUACUCCAAGCCGACACCUGGUGGCUACCGCUGAGCUUUCGCCUGGCGAUGUUAUUUUGGAGGAGCAGCCGCUGCUUGUGGCCCCCUUUUGGGAGUGUGAACAGAUGAAAUGCAGUCAAUGUCUGCAGGACUCCUUCGUAAUGUGCAAAAAGUGCGAGUUCUUUCCGCUUUGCAUCGAUUGCACCACACACAAUAGCUUCGACUGUGAUUUCUUCUGCGAGGGCGCUGCCGGCGCUGAGAUUUCCAAAAAUCUGCUCGUAGAAAAUUACGCCAUUUUCGGCAUACUCAAAUUAUUGUUACUCAUGGAGAAUCCAGCUUGUAGCGAACAGUGCGCAGCGUUGAGCGCGACACCAGGCGCCAACGUGGUCGAUAGCGAUGCAUGGCAGGAGCAAGAUUCACAAAUCGUCACACCGUUACUACAGUCGGGCAUAGCGCGUGCUUUCAAGCGCGUCAAGGUCACUCACGAAUUAUUGCACACGCUGUGUUGGCGCAUCGACGCCAAUGCUUUCGAAGUGACCGCCAGCGACGGCAACACCUUGAAAGGGGUGUACGUGUGCGGCGCACAACUACCGCACAACUGUGUACCCAAUACGGUGGUUACCUUCGACGAAUCCUUCCGUUUGAUAUUGUACGCAUCGGUGCGUAUACAUGCCGGCGACAUCAUCUACAAUACAUAUACAAAUCCGCUAAUGGGCACCAGUCAGCGACAGCAUGAACUGCGCUUGACGAAGGGCAUCGAAUGCGCGUGUGCGCGCUGCAGUGACCCACUGGAGCUCGGCACACAUAUGAGCUCGUUGAAGUGUUCGAAAUGUGCGAACGGCUUUGUGGUGUGCCUGGCGCCCAUGCGUGACGGUAAGGAUGAUGGUGAAUGGAAAUGCACCAACUGUGCGGCUACGAUGGCGACGGAUGCGGUGAAACAAUUGCUGGUCGAUGUCGGCGAAUCUUUGUUGGAGGCCAACAGUGAGCUGUUGGCAUAUGAAAACUUGCUGGCGAAGUACAGCGCACAUUUUCAUCAAAACCAUUUUGUGUUGGUGGAGAUCAAACAGAAUAUUGCAUCCAUACUGCGUGCUGUACUCAUGAAUCCCAUGUGUAUACCGGGUAAAGACUUGUUGGAGCGCAAAUUGGAGUUGUGCGAGGAAAUUUUGCCUUUGGUGCGUGCCGUUCUGCCAGGUGUCUCUAAGUUGUAUGGCAUUGCGUUGUAUGAAUACCUCUUAUCUUAUAUGGAACACGCGGAGUUGGUUUUUGAGGACAAGGAGGCGGAAAAUGCAGCAUUGAUUUUUCAGGAAAAAUUGGAGGACGCACGUGACAUUGCAGCAAAAGCUAAAGAGAUGCUACGUUUCGAACCAAGCAAUUCGCCGGAAGGACAUUUAGUGAGCCGUAUAGCCAUGGAGCAGAAACGUAUCGAUGAAAAUUUAAGACAGCUUAAUUCCAAGCGCAGUUUAUCGACUAAAUUUACAAUGGAUGUGUUUGCUAAAAAGUGCAAAAUCGAGAGCAACGACGAGUUGGGAAGAUAUGUUACAGCAGCUGUGGACAUCAAAGCCGGCGAGACUUUUUUGCUAGAACAGCCGAUAUUGUUGCUGGCUUUGAGCGGCGAGCGACGUUGCUCAAAUUGCCUGAAAUUAACGACACAAUUUUGCAGCACCUGCCGUGUCUUUGCGCUCUGCGACAAUUGUGCAUCUCACAAUGAAUACGACUGCCGUUUGCUUGCCGACAUGAAAGAUUUACGCAUUGAAUUACUUAAAGAAAAUCCGAAUACUUAUGGACUGCUGAAAUGUCUGCUGCUGCGUGAGGACCCGGAAAAUGCUUCAUACUACGAACAGUUGCUACAAAUGGAAUCGCAUUUGGAAGAGCGGCGUGGCAGUGAAAUAUGGCAAGAAUUGCAAAAGAACAUCGUACAACCCGUGCUCCAAGCGGGCUUGACAAAACAUCUGAAGGACGGUCAGAGUGUCGACGAAAUGCUGCUUCAAAAAUUCUUAGGCAUUAUUGAUGUAAACUGCUUUGAGAUACGUGCGCCCGAUGAAGGUCAGCUGCGCGGCCUGUAUCCACGUACGGCGCUUAUGGCGCACAGUUGUGUAGCCAAUGUACAGAUUAGUAACGAUGAAAACUAUCUGAUGAAAGUAUUCACUACGCGUGACGUGACGCAGGGAGAACUGUUAUAUAACUGUUAUACGAAUGUGCUGUUGGGCACCGAUGAGCGGCGUCAUCUGCUAAAGGAGGGCAAGUAUUUCGACUGUAAAUGUGAGCGUUGUGAGGAUCCCACCGAGUUGGGCUCACAUAUGAGCAGUUUUAUGUGUGCACGUUGUGCUGAGAACAAACGUACUGGAUUCAUUGUCAAGAUAAAAAAGGAUCCAACACCAGAAGCGAUACAGUUACAAAAAUCAACGAAAAGUGGGUCCGCCAAGCAGUUAUGGACGUGGAAGUGUCAGGAGUGUGAACACACCCUAACGCCAGACACUGUACAACAACUAAUCGAACGUGCCAAAGAAGAAAUGUUUCACGCAAAAGAAGAUAUCACACGUUAUGAACUACUGCUUUCGAAACUCACACGCUUCUUUCAUCCCAAUCACUAUCUUUUGUUGGAUAUAAAACAGAAUAUAGCGGCUAUUUUGCGCUCGAUACUGCAGAACUUUGCACUACAGCCCGGCCGUCGGGUAUAUGAACGCAAAGUGCGUCUCUGUCAGGAUAUUUUUAGUGUGUUGCAAAUAAUUUUACCAGGUAUUUCACGUCUGAAAGCCAUUGUGCUCUACGAAAUGGCGAAUACACUUGCGGAGCUACAUCGAAUGCGUUACGACCAGAAGGAGCUACAGAAGACGGAGUUGGUGGAACACCUUAAACGUGUUGAAAUGAUGCUACGCGAAUCGGUACGCAUGCUACUUUACGAACCGCCUGAGACACCAGAGGGUCAAAUGACAAAGAGCAUAUUGAAGGAGAUAAAGGAUCUGCAGAACGAUGUUAAAUAUUUGGAAGAAAACUAAACGUAAAAUGCAAGAAUUUUGUAAAUAUAAAGUAAUCAGAAUAAAUGUAAAAUAUAUACAUAUUUAAGAGUUG